AAAAAACAUAAACAUCGUCGCACAAGAGUAAAAUACAAUGUAGAACAAUGAGAAUGCCAGGGGACGGUAUAUACAUUACAAAACAAACAUUACAAAGCGGAUUCAAAACAUAAGACGCGUUGACGUCACGUGUCAGGAAGCCGCCAAAAUACAAUCUCCGUUGUCGGCCGGAAGUUGUCUCUUGCUAGGAGCAGCUAGCUCGGACGAAGACUGGAUUUUCGUGCAGCCCGGCGCUGCUGCUGCUGCUUGCUGAUCGGCGCGCGGCCUGUUUGCGUGACUCACGCGCAGAAAGCUGUAUGUUAAAGCUCCGCGUGACUCCGGUUAGCCGACGCUUUAUCAUUGAUGACGUCAGAAGCAUCCUCUCAGGAGGGGGGCAGCAUGUGUGAGGAGCAGACCAUUUCUCUGGUGGACGUUCUGGAAGAGGAUGAGGAGCUGGAGGAAGAGGCUUCUGCCGUACUGGCAGGAAGCGACUCGGAUCACUGCUCGUACCCACUGGGCUACGUGAAGAGGCAGGCGCUGUACGCCUGCAACACCUGCACGCCGAAGGGGGGUGAGGCUGCUGGGGUGUGCUUGGCCUGCUCCUACAAAUGUCACGAGGGCCACGAACUGUUCGAGCUGUACACCAAAAGGAACUUUCGCUGUGACUGUGGAAACAGGAAGUUCUCUGAUCUGCAGUGUAAACUUCAGCCUGAUAAGGAUGACGUCAACAGCCUAAAUAAGUACAGUCAUAACUUCUUUGGGGUGUACUGCACCUGCAGACGGCCGUACCCAGACCCGGAUGACCAGGUGGAGGACGAGAUGAUUCAGUGUGUUGUGUGUGAAGACUGGCUGCACAGCAGGCACCUGGGCUGCAUGGUUCCAGACUGCGUCGAGCUCCAAGAGAUGAUCUGUGAGGCCUGCAUGAAGACAAGUCCUGUCCUGUGGGAAUACGCAGCUCACCUGGCAGCUGCAGGUCCAGAAGAACCAAAAGGGGAGGGGCCUGGAGCUGAAGCUAUUCCUGAGAAGACAGAGAACAAGGAGGAGAGUGUUACAAAGCCUAGCUGUAAGCGAAGCCGCGAGGAGGGGGAGCCAUGCUGCCGACUGAAGGAGCUGCAGGCGGGGGGGCAGAAAAGGGUCCAAUCAGGAGCCGUCUUUUGGCCAUCCGGAUGGCGCUCUAAACUGUGUUCCUGUGCUCCCUGCCAGCUGAUGCUGUCUGAAGCCGGUCUGUCCUUCCUGCUGGACGAGACGGACACUGUUCUGGAAUACGAGAACAAAGGAAAGAGCAGAGAGCGCGAACAGCCGGGAACCGACCCUCUGAUGUCGGCGCUGGACAACCUUAGCCGCGUGCAGCAGUUGGAGAUCAUCCAUGGGUACAAUGACAUGAAGACGGAGCUGAAGGACUUUCUCCAGAGGUUUGCAGCAGAAGGAAAGGUUGUGACAUCUGAAGAUAUCCGUCAGUUCUUCGAGCAACAAAGUAGUAAAAGACGCCGCAUGGACGCCGGCGCGUUCUCCUUCUCCUGAUCACCUCGACCCGUUGUGCUCCUCCCCCUUUCUUCAGUGCAGUGCCAUGCUCUGCAUCUCUCUGUUGAUCCUACAGCUGUUGGUGUUGAGUUUGUCAGACCUUUUCCCCAUGAAAAAAAUAAAAGUGUCAUGUUCUUGAA